AUGGUGAAAACACAGUUUUUUGACCUCCUUGAAGCUCAUGGAUCCACUGCUGAUGAUUUAUAUGCACUAUUAAAAGAGUCUCUAAGGCUGAAUAAAAUUCGAUCAACAAAUUUGGUUGGAUUUUCAUCAGAUACCACCAAUGUUAUGGUUGGAAAAUACCAUUCAGUAUUUUCCUUACUGAAAGAAGAAUUUCCACACAUUGUUUGUGUGAGGUGUUCCUGUCAUAUGGCACAUCUAGCCAUAUCAAAAGCUUGUUUGAAAUUACCCAGGCAUGAUGAAGAUUUACUAAGAAAUAUUGCCAGCCAUUUCAAUAGGAGUGCUUUACGAAGAACACAAUUUCAGGAGUUUCAAGAUUUCUUCAAUGUAGAAAUCCAUAAGAUACUGUCUCCAUCAAUAACAAGGUGGUCUAUCAGAGAGCUGGAACAAUAUGCACCUCUUGAGUCAUAUUAG